UCUCAUUUACAUCAUCUACUUUGGAUUCGGAACUUCAAGUACUCUUGUGCGAGAAUUCUCAAGCUUUUCUUUCUCUUUACCAAUACCCAUUUCUUGAUCUAAAUUCCUUUCUUUUGCAUCCAUUGAUGGACUCAAACUCUCCUCCAGUUGAAAUAUUCUUCUUCCCAUUUGUUGGUGGAGGCCAUCAAAUCCCCAUGAUAGACAUGGCCAGAGUCUUUGCCUCUCAUGGUGCUAGAGCCACUAUCAUCACAACUCCAAAGAACGCUCUUUCUUUUCAAAAAUCCAUUGACCGUGAACAGAACUCCGGUCGCCCAAUUUCUAUCCGGACCCUCGUUUUACCUGACAAUGUUGACAUAGCAGAUACUGAUAUGUCUGCAGCUCCUUUUACUGAUACUUCUAUGCUGCAAGAACCUCUCCGAAAUCUUUUACUGAAAUACAGACCGGACUGUGUUGUUUAUGACAUGUUUCAUCGGUGGUGUGGUCAUACUAUUGACAAUCUUAGUAUUCCAAGAGUUACCUUCACUGGAAAUGCGUGCUUUUCUCGUUGCGUCAAUGAAAAUUUGGAACGUUAUAAGCCUCAUGAGAAGGUAAAUUCUGAUCUGGAGCCUUUUAUUGUUCCAGGUCUUCCUGAUAGGAUUGAAUUGACUAGAUCUCAAUUACCAUUCUUUCAUAGACAGCAGCAAAGUGGGCAUAAGCCAAAAUUUAUGGAGCAUACUUUUGGAGUUUUAGUUAAUAGUUUCUAUGAAUUGGAGCCAGCUUAUGUUGAAUAUUUCAGAAAUGAAUUGGGGAUGAAGGCGUGGCUUGUAGGACCAGUUUCGUUGUGUAACAGAAAUGUGGAAGAUAAAGCUGAGAGAGGCAAAAAAACCACCAUUGAUGAGCUAAGCAUCUUGAGCUGGCUUGAUAGUAAAGAACCCAACUCGGUCAUUUACAUUAGUUUUGGGAGCUUAGCUCGGUUAACCCCUGAACAACUCCUUGAGAUUGCCUAUGGUCUUGAAGCUUCCAACCACCCAUUCAUUUGGGUGGUUGGAAAAAUCUUCAAAUCCACAGGGGAAGAAGGAGAAAACCCAGAAAAUUGGCUUCCUAGUGGAUUUGAAGAUAGAAUUAGAGAAUCCCAAAAGGGCCUAAUCAUAAAAGGUUGGGCACCACAAUUGUUGAUACUAGAGCAUAAGGCUGUAGGAGGAUUUACGACUCAUUGUGGAUGGAAUUCAGUUUUGGAAGGUGUGAGUGCUGGAGUGCCAAUGGUAACAUUUCCAAUUACAGCAGAGCAAUUUUCGAAUGAGAAACUGAUAGUUGAUGUGUUGAAAAUUGGUGUAAAAGUAGGAAGCAUGGAGUGGGUGUCAUGGAACACAAAACCAUCGGCAGCAGUAGGGAGAGAAAAGGUGGAGACAGCGGUGAAAAGGCUAAUGGAUGUAAGUGAAGAGGCAGCAGAGAUGAGAAGAAGAGCGAAAGAGCUUGGAAUGAAAGCUAAUAGAGCUGUUGAAGAAGGUGGAUCAUCUUAUAAGGAUGUUGAUUCUUUGAUUGAAGAACUUAAAUCUUGCAAGAGAAAUUGAGGUUUCUCUUUCUCUUUUCUGAUUUCUGAUUUCAACCUAGUUUCAUAAUUGCUUUAGAACGGUACCAAUUCUUGGACGAACUCUAAACUGAUCCUAUCGUCUUAGAAAUACUCCAAGAAUAGUACUAGAAACUUGUAUGUGUAGCAACAUAUCAAUAUAUUCCUAAUGGGUUUAGUGAAAAUUUGCAGCAGACACGAACACAUGUGAGCUUCGUUGGUGUAUGAGUCCAUCGUGUAUCAAACUAAUCACAUGUACAGUAUUUUGUCCAGAAGAUAGUAUUUCUAAUUAUAUAUUGAAAAAAAAAAA